AACAGCCUAUGGAGCAUGGAUCAGAAGUUCAGAACUCAACAGAAGAGGACUCUCUCUUGGAAAAACCAGAAGCAAAGCUCUUCAGACUUCACGAACAGCCAGAAAGGCAGAAGACUAAGGAAUUACAGAGAAGCAAGCUCCCAACUAAUCUCACAUUUUCUUGCAGAGAUGAGCAGCACAGUGCUGUUCUUGCCAAGCUCCUCUCUGUUCCUCACAAAGCAAGCCCUCCUCACCAAGGGCAGGGCAGCUGCAGCUGUGAGGUGCAGCAGUGGGCCCACCCUGUCAGUGUCACAUCAGGAGGAGGGGGAAGGGGAGGGAGUAGCAAUGGUGGGGAGGAGGCAUGCAUUAGCUUCUUCAGCUGCUGCCUGUGGAGCUUCUGUGUUUGGUUUUGCAGGUGAUGGCCUGGCAGCAAAUCAGGGCCUGCUGGCAGGGAGGGUCCCCGGGCUGUCUGACCCUGAUGAAAAUGGUUGGAGAACAUAUCGUAGGCCAGACGAUAAGUCCGGCGGUCACGGAGUCGGCUGGAGUCCGAUCAUCCCCUACAGCUUCAAAGUUCCUGAUGGCUGGGAAGAGGUCCCUGUGUCGAUUGCUGAUCUCGGUGGCACGGAGAUCGACCUGCGGUUUGCAAACUCGAAGCAGGGCCGAUUGUUUGUCAUCGUUGCACCGGUACGCAGGUUUGCAGAUGAUCUUGAUGAUGCCACCAUCCAAAAGAUCGGCACACCUCAAAAGGUGAUCAACGCCUUUGGGCCAGAGGUCAUCGGAGAGAAUGUGGAAGGGAAGGUCUUGUCCAUGGAGACAGCAGAGCAUUCAGAAAGAACUUACUACCAGUUUGAGCUGGAGCCACCCCAUGUGUUCAUUACAGCUACUGCUGCUGGAAACAGGCUAUAUCUAUUCAGUGUAACUGCAAAAGGGCUGCAAUGGAAGAGACAUUACAAGGAUCUGAAGCAAAUAGCAGAAUCAUUUCGUGUCGUCUAGUGUUUGAUACAAUUCUUUUACAGUGCCUGAUUGUGAUAAUACAAUUGGAGGACAUGAGGGAUGCUAUUAUGGUGGAGAGGAUUAGUAAACAUCAGUUUUGAUGAUCACUUAAAAACUGCAAAACUGAAGCAGUUCAACAGUAUGUGUAAACCUCCUCCUUAGAGGGCCAAAUUCUAGUUACAGAAUUUUUCAGAUAUUGCCCUUAAGGCAACAGAUCCUCCCAAAGGCA